AUGACCAUUCUCGUUGAGCAAAUUCCCUUUGGGUCACAAUUUGAUGAUACCAAAAAUGUGCAUUCUGAAAACAAUACCAAUGAACUUGUUCUUGAUGGUGGAUUUCAUCAACCUCAAAAUGAUUCUCAGAAUUCAUUGUUUCUCGCUCCUGAAAUCAAUUCAUUUGGCCAUACCUUCAGAAAUUAUGAUGAAGAAAGUGAAAGGCAAAAAGGGGUUGAGGAAUUUUAUAGAUUGCAACAUAUCAAUCAAACAUAUGAUUUCGUGAAGAAAAUGAGGGAGGAAUACAAGAAACUAGACAAAGCUGAAAUGAGUAUAUGGGAAUGUUGUGAGUUGUUGAAUGAUGUUGUGGAUGAAAGUGAUCCUGAUUUGGAUGAACCUCAAAUUCAGCAUUUGCUGCAAUCUGCUGAAGCUAUUAGGAAAGAUUAUCCUAAUGAAGAUUGGUUACAUUUGACAGCUCUCAUUCAUGAUCUUGGAAAAAUUCUUCUGCUGCCGAAAUUCGGUGAACUACCUCAAUGGGCUGUUGUUGGAGACACAUUUCCUGUUGGUUGUGCUUUUGAUGAAUCAAAUGUUCAUCACAAGUAUUUCAAGGACAACCCUGAUGUCAAAAAUUCUGCUUAUAACACUAAAAAUGGGGUCUACACCGAAGGAUGUGGACUAGACAAUGUGAUGAUGUCAUGGGGACAUGAUGAUUAUAUGUGUUUGGUUGCUGAGGAAAAUGGCGCGACUUUGCCAAAAGCAGGAUUGUUCAUCAUCAGAUACCAUUCCUUUUACCCUUUGCAUAAGGAAAAUGCUUACACUCACUUGAUGAAUGAACAAGAUUUUGAGAAUUUGAAGUGGCUCCAUGUAUUUAACAAAUAUGAUCUCUACAGCAAAAGCAAAGUUCUUGUUGACGUUGAAGAAGUGAAGCCGUAUUAUCUCUCGCUUAUCGAAAAGUAUUUUCCUGCAAAGCUGAGGUGGUGA